AUGUCGAAUCUACCCCGAAGACAAACUGAAAAUGAAAUUCACUGUGAGUACUUUCGAACAAAACAUCCAUGGCAUUUUUAUAUUCAAAAACUAUUCCCCUUUUUGCAGAUUAUUGUCCUUGCCUGCCUUUUCGCCGUUGCCUUCGCCAACGAAGAGGCUGAUGUUGUCAAAGAAUACCGUGAAGUUAACAUCGAAGAUUUCAAAUAUGGCUUUGAAUUGACCAAUAAAAUUCGUGCCUUCCAAGAAGGUCACUUGCAAGACGAAAAAACUUGGCUCGUCAAGGGUGAAUACGAAUUCGUCACCAAGGAUGGCAAACACAUUAAAGUCACCUAUACCGCCGAUGAAUACGGUUAUCAUCCCAAAGUAGAACAUUCUCAAUAAAUUAGUGGAAUUC